AUGUCGAACCAGCCAGCUCCCCAACUGAAUAUCGAUCGCUACGUGGUGAUCCAUGUGGCCACCACCUGUGAUGAGCACGGUGUCUAUGUUACAAAGGACUCGGCCGAGGUAAUCGAGCUCGGAUGGAUCUUGCUCGAUGCCAAGUCCCUCGAAGAGGUUGCUCGCGAUAGUGUUCUUGUUAAGCCCAUCAACACCCCCAUCACCCCCUCUGCAGUAACGAGCCUAACGACCUUGACCUGGGAACAUGUACGAAAUGCCGGCACUUUUAGGGAUGCGAUUAACCGUUUUGAUGCGUUUGCCAAUGAGCACCUUACCUCCCAAAACUUUGACUUCGUCUUCGUCACCCUUGACUCGUGGGAUCUUCGUGUCCAGCUCCCUCGCGAGGCUCGGGACAAGGCCGUUGUCUUGCCACCCUAUCUCCAGCACUCACGUACAUUCGAUCUUCGCACCGAGUACCAGAGGUGGCAGCAACAUCACCCUGAAUCACUCCCCUUCGGCCCUUCGAUGCUCAGCAACAUCUGCGCCGCCCUCGAGGUCGAGCCCGUCCAGUCUAGCGCACCUAUCAAGCACAACCUCCCCUUCCACCUGCAAGCCUUGGCUCCGGCCUCGCCUCGACGCGCCAUGGAGGAGGCCGUCACGCUUGCCCGUGUCCUCCGUGGCUUGAUUCGCAAGUCACAGCCGCCUCAUGAGCACCCUGACGUGCUCACCCGCCCCAUGGACGCUAGAGCCGACGUGAGGGCUUUCCUCUCCGAGCGUAGCAAGGUCUUGCAUAUGUCUGGCCUGCCUCAUGAUACCACUCAGUCGGAGCUUGAGAGCUGGUUCACCCAGUUUGGCGGACGACCGAUCGCCUUCUGGACCUUGCGUACUCCGGAGCAGCACAAGCCCACUGGCACCGGCUUUGCCGUCUUUUCGUCUCACGAAGAGGCUGCCGAGAGCCUCUGCAUGAACGGCCGUGCCCUUAACGAGAAAGCCAUCGAGGUUUCGCCCUCUUCCAGUCGUGUCCUGGACCGCGCCGCUGAGAUUCUCACCCCAUUCCCUCCCAGCAAGAACCGACCCCGACCUGUGGCGGCGGCGGUGGUGGUGGUGGUGGUGGCUAUGGCCCCCGGCCAUGAUGCCCCUCCUCAGCACAUGGGCCACCACGGCCCCAUGGGUGGCCACGGUCAUGGUGGUGGGCGGAUGGGUGGCAGCGGUGUUGUCCCCUUCCGUGCCGGUGACUGGAAGUGCGGUAACGAGGUUUGCGGCUACCAUAACUUUGCCAAGAAUGUGUGCUGUCUUCGCUGCGGUGCUAGCCGAGCUGGUGCCGCCGUUGUGGCGGACUCGGGCUAUCCUUCGCCCAUGGAUGGCGGCUCAAACUAUCCCAUGAGCCAAAAUUCUAUGGGCAGUGGCCAUGGCCACGGGCCUUUGCAUCUCCCGCCGGGAGCUUCGCGUCCGGCGGUAACUACGGCGGUCAGCACUUUGGCGGCCCCCUAG